AUGCGGAAGUUGGUCUCCUUUAUCCUGUGCGGCUUGGUUGUGCUGUACUUCCUUGUAUCACCGGCGGACUCCAAGGAUAUGGGCAAAUCUGUCUGCAUACUGCAGAAUGCACCAGUUCAGUGCAGCCACUUUUGCUUGGCCGCACUUAGACCUAUAAGCGAUGGGAUUCGUGGGACCCAGGACAAAUGGGUCAGGCUAGAAUCGAAACUUCUGGCGGUGGAGAAAUUGCUAGAGGUCUUUGAGAAGAGACUGACUCUGGUAGAAGGCCACCUUCAAGAGAUUCGAACCCUUCAAGAUGCGCUUCCAGAUACCCUUAGCAGGAUUUUUUUUAAAAUCCCACCGGAUUUCGAGCGCAUUGGCUCAAGGUACUUUUACAUUGAGCAUGAAAGGAAAAAUUUGACAGAGGCUGUAGACAGCUGUCUGUGGGUGCCUUUUGCAACAUAA